AUGUCCGCCUCCUUCACUGUGGAUCUGCUUAGCCCUCCAUCGACUGUCAAAACCGUUGCGUCACCUGGCUUGACGGAAGAUCAGCAGGCAAAACUGCAUAAUCUUGAGCAACAUUUCGGUCAACAGAAUUUCAAACUGCCCAUCAGCGAAAAUGCGGAACAGGGAAGGGAGCUCACCGAGAGGGAGAUGAUGUACAUGUCCAGAGAAACCUUUGUGAGAUAUCUCAUAGCAACGAAAUGGGACUUGCAAGCUACCAUAAUUCGUCUGGAGGCCUGUAUCGUAUGGCGUCGGACGGAAGAUAUUGAGAAUGUCGAACGUAUGGCAGCCGAGUGUAGUCCCGAAUCUCAACAAGGUAAAUAUACACUUAUGGGGUUCUCGACAAAAGGUCAACCGAUUAUAUCCAUUUACCCUAAUCGAAAAAAUAUGCCUUAUGAAGAGAAACGUACGUUCGAGGGUUUCAGUGGUCGGGCCAAUGGCAUGGUGUACAUGUUGGAGAGAGCUCGAGAUUUGAUGCCUGCUGGUGUAACAAAUGCAUUAGUCAUCUUCAACUUCACAGGGAAGAAACAAGGCCCUUCUACACCAAUAUCUGUCAUAACACAAGCCAACCACAUACUUUCUUCCUAUUAUCCCGAAACGUUGGGGCUCAAUAUUUUCCAGAAUAUGCCUUGGCUCUACAAAACUCUGAUUAGCAUCGUCUGGCCAUUUGUGGAUCCAAACACGAAAAUGAAGGUCAAAUUCGCAUCCGCAGAAGAUCAAGAGCUAGUCAAGGAUGGUGACAUCGAUGCGAAUCAACUUGUCAAGGAGGCAGGUGGCGAUUUAGAAAUCUCCUACGAUCACGAUACUUAUUGGCCGUCAUUGGUUCAAACCUGCUUGAAAUUGCGGGCCGAUGAAGAGGAACGAUGGCGGGCUUUGGGCGAACGUAGAGUUGGGCGAGAAGAAAAGUUUUUCAAGCGAGCUGUCCCUCUGUACAAGGUCUAG